AUGACAUGGCAUUUGAAAUGUUGUGGUGAUACAGAUGAGGAUGUCCGGAAAUCCUGCAGGUUCAGCAAGGAGGAGAUCUUCCUCCUCAGGAUCACAAAAGCAACACAAUUUUAAUCACCCACAAUUGUUUGCUGAUAGUAGCGUAGCUCUGGAUAUACAGCAAACGAUUGAUCCAUUAAUGAAUUAUAAUUUUGCACCUGAUCAUGAAAACAAGGGCCCUUCAUCCUCGACUGGGAAAAAAGGACGGAGCAGGAAUUUCAAAGGAAUACGCCCUCCAAAAAAUAGAGAGAGUAGGAAAUGGGUUAAACUCACUGAUGAUAAGCUCCAAUUUGCUGAUCCAAACAUCCCUCGGGCUAUCACUUCACUAUGGAAGUCACGUUUUGAUGGCCCGUAUUUCACAUACGAGUGUGUCCCCCAAAGCAAGAUUGCUGAAAUUUAUAAUUGUUUCAAGGAUACUUAUGUUGCGGAGUGCACAGAUAGUCAUGGCUCUGAUGAUAGUUCGUGGCCAUGCAUGGAUAACGAGGCAUGGGUUAAGGCUGUUGGAGGUUGCUCAUCUAAUUUCAUGCUAGGGAUUGGCUCCCAAGUAAAUCCAAAGAUGGUUGGUUUUACUUACAGAAAGAGACAACCCCGAGAAAACUUAAUAGCAGCAUUGAUGGCGUUUGACUAUGAGGAGACACAGGUAAAAGAUCAUGAGGAGUUAGAAAGACAACGCCAACAGAUUGCUUUGAUGCAACAGCAGUUGGCCAAUAUGACAGAAGCUCAGAAUAAUAUGAGCCAAACAAUCGCACAAUCUGUUGCAGGAGCUCUAGCCGCUCAUGGCAUCUCCCCUCGGGCAGGUCAUCAUCCAGUAGCCCCACCACAGCCGUCACAUGGUCCUGGCUCAGGUAUUCGCAUGAAUUCAACUUUCACCUACUCCACUGAUUCUACACAAACCUCUCCUAUGGUCCCUGAAUAUCAGCAGCAGUGGCAGUUUCUGCCUCAAGAUGAUGAUGCAUACCAUCCUACUUUUGAUCCAGACUAUCAGGGUCCUUAGUUUUUUUAUUUUUCUGCUACGCACAUUAUCUGCAUAUUUUGCAUGGUUGCUUUUAUUUCUAUUAGUACUUUAAACUGUUAGCUUUAGCUUUUAUUAUGAUAUAUUUUCUUAUUUUACUUGACCUCUAGUGAUCAUACUUCAAAAGGCUCAAUUACCAACGUGAUUCUCGUCGGUAACUAGGAAAACAAAAAUAAAAAAUGGCGCCUGAAAAAAUUGGCACCUAAAAUUUUGGAGAUGAUUUUGAACCUGCAGCGAAAAUCUUUGUGUAGUUCAGACGUGGUUUUUGUCGGUGAUUUACUAACAUGGCCCAAAUUGCGAAGCAUUUUUCCUGCAUUGUCAGAGGUGAUGUUCGUCGGUGAUUAGUGCUGGGCACAAGGCUUCUGUA